AAGGAUUAAAAAUACCCGUAAAAAAAAAAAUAAAAAAAGAAAGGAUUAAAAAAGAAAAGUAAAAAUUUAAGUCUCAUUGGCUAAGGCAGUAAAGCCUAAAACCCAGAACCCAACUGGGCUAAACUCUAAACCCAACGCCAUCUCCUCUUCUUCUCGCCAUUUUUGCUCAGAAGAUUUGCUCUAAUUCUUGGGUGCUGUCUAUUCUCGAUGGAGUGCUGACAUUGUUUGGUGAACCCUUUAAUUUUGCUGCUUUACUGGACAUAUUUGGGGAGAAGUUUGAUAGGAUUUAAGGAAAGGUGUGAAAAUGAGAGGAAGAAUUGGGUUGUUUAUGAACCCUAGUGGAUUAGGAAGUACAACAAUUGGGCGGACAAGUAAACUUGUUUCUUGUUCUGCCUUUUCCUCCUCUGCUGGGGAUGGCUCGGGAGGAGGUAGAGGCCGAGGCCGGGGUGUCUCCGGUUCGCCUCUAUAUAACUUUGUGGCUGGUAUAGCUGACUCGAAUGAGGGAUUGGAGGAUUCCGAUAAAUCAUUACCUCCUGCAGGACGUGGGCAUGGAAGUGGAAUGCCCCUACCUUCCUCCCCAUUUCUUCCUUCAUAUAAUUCCUUUGUCGCGUCCAACCCACCACCACCACGGCAACCAGGAUUAAGUCAGGGUAGAGGCGGUCCAGUUCAACAGUCCUUUGAGGGAGGAAAUGAACUGGGAUCACAACAUAAAGCACCUGUAUUUCUUAAGAAAGAUGAAUUUACGGGCACUAGUGCUGAAGCUGAAUCAGUUGAGUCUGUACCUCGUCAGCCUAUUGGAGAAAAUAAUCUUCCUGAAAAUAUUUUGAAUGUGUUGUCAGGAACAGGGAGGGGAAUCCCUGAUAGAAAACCAGUAUUUGAAAAUAGAGUUAAGGAAGAGAAUAGGCAUAUUAGGCCAAAGCAAGUUGGUGCUCCUGCCACUGGAGCUGCAAGAGGUGGAGAUAGAGCUGAGAAAGGUGAGAAGGGCUCUGCAGGUGCAAAGACUAAGAUAAGCAAAGAGGAGGCUGUAAAGAAGGCAGUUGGCAUCUUGUCUAGGGGUGAUGAUAGAAGGGAAGCUGGAGGUGCUGAGAGAGGAGGUGGUCAUAGGCGAAGGGGUGGAAGAUUGAAAGCCGACUCUGAUGAUGAGGCGGAGGAUGAAGAAGAUGAAGACAAACUUGUCAUGGGUGAUGAUGCAGAUGGUGAGAAAUUAGCCAAGGAGCUUGGGCCCAGCAUGAUGGCUGAAUUGACUGAGGCGUUUGAAGAAAUGGCUAUUGAUGUGUUGCCUGAUCCAGAGGAGGAUGAGUAUCUUGAGGCAUAUGAUACAAAUCUUAAGAUCGAAUUGGAGCCUGAAUACUUGAUGGGAGAUUUUGAGACAAAUCCUGAUAUUUACGAGAAUCCACCUAUUCCUCUUCUUGAAGCUCUUGAGAAGAUGAAGCCAUUCUUGAUGGCUUAUGAGGGAAUAGAGAAACAAGAGGAGUGGGAGGAAAUUCUGAAUGAGACAAUGGAGAAGGUUCCACUUUUGAAAGAGAUUGUGGAUCACUAUUGUGGGCCUGAUAGAGCAACUGCAAAGCAGCAACAUGAAGAAUUGAAAAGAGUUGCCAAAACUAUUCCUGCUAAUGUACCUAAUUCUGUGAAGAACUUCACUGACCGUGCUGUUCUAUCACUCCAGAGCAAUCCAGGCUGGGGAUUUCAUCGAAAAUGGCAGUUUAUGGAUAAGCUGGCACUCGAGGUUUCCAAGUCCUGCAAGUGAGCAGAUUAUUGAGGCUUAGUUUACAGUUUGCAUUCAAAGACCAUGUUCUGGGUAUACGAAUUUUUUUCCAAAAAGGAAGAUUAGUUUUUCAAUAAACCUCUCUCCAUUGACAAGCAUAACAGCCAGCUAGAGGAUUUUUUUUGUACACUGGUUGUAAUUUUUUCCCUUAAAUUGUUACAAGUAUAUUGAAUUUUUGCAUGCUUAAAUCGAUCUUUCGAGCUGUUAGUAGUUGUGUUGCUAGCUCUAAUUGGCAAAAUUGUAACCGAUAUGUAGUUUAGUCGAAUAUAUAGAACUAUAGAAUUGGAAGACACUGUAAUUUGUAUAGAUUUUGAAAUUUGAACUAGUCACUAGUAAACAAUAUCUUAA